UUGGGAUAAAAAAAGAAGAGGAAGAAACAGAAGAAAAAUGACAUUAACAAGAACGGUGGUGAAAUAAGGAAGCAAAAGUAGAAUCAUAUUCAUGGCGGUCCCAACCUCUUCUCUCGCAAUCAACAUUCAUUCUUAUAAAUAAGACCAUUCUUCAGACAACAUAACAAAGGAAACUAUCAAAAUUCGCAUCUGUCAUUGUAUUUGCCUUACACAUCAGCCACACUCAAUCUCUUGCUUCAUUCUCAAACCUCUUCUUUCCCUCAAGUCUGUAGAAGGACAACUUUCCCCCUUCUUUUUUUAUCGCCAGUUCUCUGCAAAUAAAUGCAAAAAAGGUUUCAAAAAGCUUUCUUAGCUUCAACAAAAUGCGAUCCCCUUCUUAAUUUCUGAAGCAAAGUUACAUGGUCUAGAGGUUGUUUGGACAAACAAUCUAGAAUUUCCUUGGAGUGUAGCAUUCAGUUUUGGUAUUAAAGAUGGGGGAUCACUUUGAAUUACUGGUCGAUCGAUUGCUUACUGAAUCCACAUUAGAAGCUGCAAUUGAAAGCAGGAAUAAGUCUAUGUUGGCUGCAUCCUCAGCAGUGAAUGACGUGAAAAUUGAUCUCAAUUUGAUGAAAGUGGGUCUGGAUGAUAUAAAAUUUCCCGGGAAGCUGGUAGAAUGCAGGAUAUGUCAUGAUGACGAUGAAGAUACCAAUAUGGAGACACCCUGCUCUUGUUGUGGUAGUUUGAAGUACGCUCACCGUAGAUGUAUACAACGAUGGUGUAAUGAGAAGGGUGACACCACCUGUGAGAUAUGCCACCAGCAAUUCAGGCCAGGUUAUACUGCUCCUCCACCACUAUUUCAGUUUGGACGUAUUCCAAUGAGUUUCAGGGGGAAUUGGGAGAUUUCAAGAAGAGACUUGAAUAGUACACAUUUGGUUAGCAUGGUCCCCACUGAUCAAAACGUUAACACUUCUAACUAUGAUCAGUAUUCAGCCUCUGUUACAGGAAGUGUGAUUUGCUGUCGUUCGAUUGUUGUCAUUUUCAUGCUUCUUCUGAUUUUAAGACACACACUUCCCCUUGUAAUUAGUGGAAAUAAGGAGUAUUAUUUCCCACUCUUUUUGCUGUUGUUGUUUCGGACUGUGGGAGUUGUUCUUCCAAUAUACUUCAUGGUUAGAGCAGUGGCAUUAAUCCAGCGCCAUCGGAGACAGCAUCGAGAGCAUCUUAAUGCCUUGGCCAUUUCAUCUGACGAUGAAAGCGAGCAAGCAGAUUUGCAGCCUCAGCCUCAGCCUCAUAUCAUACAUUUACAGGAGCAGCAUUGAAGGUGUAGCUUUAAUUGCACUUGGAUGGAUAGGAUGAAUGCUUGAACCAAUAAUACACAACCAACCAAUUCCCACUGUUUAUUGCCAGUCAGUCCUCCUAUUUUCAUUAUUUUUAUCCCAUAUUUACAAAACGGGCUUUAAUAAAAUUUCUGUUUGAUAUUUUAAAAUUUGCUAUUGGAUAACAUAUACAGUUGAAUGGAUCUUUACAAUGGCAGAAGUACAAUUCGUAAUUCGUUGUUUAUGUGGCAUGUUUGACUGAGUGUAAAGAAAAUAGAGGAAAAGUACAGUCCAUCUAACUUAAAUUUUAUUACAAGAAUUAUUCUGGAGGAUGAAACUUAAAAUCUUAAUAAUAACAAUCAUUCGCAGACAAUUACCUUGUUGGAGAUUAAUAUAACUAGAAUGGAUUUAAUCAAAGAUAAUUUAACAAGGAAACUGAUAAAAAUAAAAGCUCAACCGAACCAUGAAGACCUUUAAAUGAUUUUAGACUUUGAUUUCAUUCAAAUGUUUGGUAAACGUGAAACCGUACUAUGUAAGUCAGGCCUUUUAGCUUAUACAGUUACUUUGAUAUUGAAAAAAUAACACCAAAUUACAAAGCAAAAAUGUUACAUGUCGCGUGCUCCUUUCCCCCCAAAAUCCUAGGUUGUAUAGUAGAUGAUGUGACUCAAGGCCAAAAAAAAAAAGGUGAAAGAAAAUAG